GGUGGUAUUGGUGGUCCAAUAACAAUGAAAUUUGUUAAGACAAGAUUACAACCACCAAACAAAACAAAAAAAUCAAUAAAAUCAAUACAAUCAAAUAAAUCGGCAAAUAAAAAAUCAUUUUUUAGAAGAGUUAAAACAGCAGCUAAAACAUUGAAAAUGAAACGAACAACAAAAAGUCCAACAACAAAAACAGCAAUAACAACAUCAACAAAACGAAGUAAAUCAAAAACAUUUGCUGGCGGUGGUAGUAAAAAAUCAAGAAUGAGUAAAUCAAAAGCAGCUAAAUCAAAAACUUUAACAAAAAAAUCUACAUCAAAAAAAUCGAAAAAACUACCACCAAUCAAACAGACAAUGAUUGCAGAUGAUACAACAACAACAACAGCAUCAUCGGCAACAAAAAUUGAACCAACAACCAAUAUUAUGCCAGAAACAUUAAAAUUUUUAGAAAAAUCUAAAGAAAAUUUGACCGAAACACAACCACCACCACCACCACCACCACCACCUGCGACAAUAGUAACAGAGGAAAAAUCUAAAGAAAAUAAUUUUGUCGAACCAACAUCAUUUGAUUUGACAGAAUCAAAAGCAGUUGCUGAAUCUAUUGAAUUAUCGCCGAUACCAUCAAUGACUGACAACAAACAACAACCAACAGAAAAAUCAUUAUCAAUGACUAAACAACAGCAACAACAACAACAACAAAAAACGGAAAAAUCAGUUUCAAAAUCAUUAUCAAUGACCAAACAGCAGCAGCAACCUACAGAAUUAGCAAAAACAACAACAGAAUCACAGCCGGAAAGAUCAUCUUCUGUUAGGCAACAAAUAUCUGUAGAUAGUUUUAAAUUUUCACCAUCAAUUGGAAAAAUUUCAUCAAAAAAAUCUAAAUCCAAAUCAGGAUCAUUAAAAGUAAAAGACUCUAAAUCAGGAUCAUUAAAUGUUAAAGAAUCAAAAUCAGGACAAACAUUAACAGCUACAGAAUCAAAAACAAUUGGAUUAACAGCAGCAGGUGCUGCUGAUUCAAAAACAAUGGAAUUAACUGCUGUUGAAUCAAAAACUACAGGAUCAUUAAAAGCAACCAAAUCUAAAUCAGGUUCAUUGAAAGCUAAUGAAUCAAAAACAGGGUCAUUGAAUGCAACCAAAACUAAAUCAGGAUCAUUAAAAGCAACCAAAUCAAAAUCAGAAGUUAAAGCCAAUAGUAAAAUUAAAAGACAAAUAUCACCCAGUAGCUUUCGAAAACAUAUAAAUUCUAAUGCAAGUACGGUGGAUAUUUUUGGUGAAAAAGAUUCGGUAUUUUUUCGUUCACCAAUGGUAUAUGGUGAAACGGAUGAAGAUGAUGAUCUAAGAGUACGAUUUAAUCCAUUUCUUGCCGGUGUUCCAUUCUAUACUCGUUAUAGUCCUGAUGAAUUGGAUAUGAUGGUCAGUGUAAAACAUGGUGCAGGUCAUGCAGCAAGUAAAUCAAAUUUAUCAAUUUCAAAAUCAAAAACAUCAUUAAAACGAACAAAAUCAGCAACGCAAACAGAAAUGAUUUCAAGAUCACCGGUAAAAACAACCAUAGAAAAAACAAAAGAAAUUGCUAUAGAAGCUACAUAUCUGGAUGGAUCAUCAUCAUCAACAAAUUUAGAUUCAACACAUUCAACUGGAUCAACAACGAUACCGACAGAAAAUGUUUUAAGUUCAGGAUCAUCAUCAUCAUCGAGAUUGAAAACAUUGCCGGAAAAAAGUGGUACAGCUAGCACAACAUUAUCAGGAUCAACAACAACAACACCAACAAGUGAAAGUGAUAAUAGUUCAACAAUGAAAAAUAAUAAUAAUAAUAGUCGAAAAAAAGGUAAAACAAAAACAAUAAAAAGUAAUAAAAGUAAUAAAAGUAAAAAGACAACAACAACAACAAAUAAAAGUACAAAAGUAUCAGCUAAAUCAGCUAAAUUAACUAAAAAAAGUAAUGCAAAAAGUAGAUCAGCAAGUAGAAAAUGAUUUUCGAAUCAAAAAAAAACCAGAAAAAACGAAUUCGAACGAAUGAUGUGUG